GCAGUGACGUCACUUUGUAAUGGCGGCGUCCACGGCGAGCGCACGCGGUGGGUGGCGGCGUUAACGGCAGCCUGGGUCGCGCACUGACCACUGUGACCGUGGUGAGCGCGGGGCCAGGGGGCGGUGCGGGGGCACCUCGGGCUUCGCGCGUUGACCUUAGAGGGGCUGAAGCGCCUGGCGGCGUGCGCGAAUUGUUAGCGUGUCUUAGGUAAAAAUGAAGUUCAGAAGAGGAAGGAGAUUUACAUCUUCUGCUAAACUGAGGCGGAAGGGCAUUGAAGUAUUGGGAAAAUGGAAAACUGUGGAAAUUGACCCUAAUGUAUUUGUUGAUGAGCAGUUUAAAGAUGUAGUGUGCUUGGAGGAGCUUACAGAGUACAAGCUAGUAAGUUCUGACAAAGUGGGGAAAGGAAACAAGCAGAAGAGAAAGUCUGAGGAUCUUUCAGAAGAAGGCAGCGAGGAGGAGGAGGAGGAGGAGGAGGAGGAAGAAGCUGUCAUCCCUCCCAAGAAGAAAAAGAAGUGCAAAGAUUUGAAAACCAGAGCAGAUAAAAGUGAUGAUUCCAACGCAACAGAAGUUGACGUGCCAGUUGAUGAAGAGAAAAGAUGUGAAGAAAUAGUCCAAGGGGCAGAUGAUAAGGUCUGUGGGCAUACAGCUGAGAGCACUUCAAGCACAAAAAAUGCUGCAAAGAAAAAUAAAAAGAAAGAGAAAGAGAAGGUAGUUAAAAAUAAGGCUUCUCAAGUUCAGGAUGCUUCUCCACCAGUAACUACUUCUAAAAAAGUAAAAAACUGGACAACAGAAGUUUUGUCUACCUCAACCGAUCACAAAGCUGAUGUGUCUGCAUGGAAAGACCUGUUUGUGCCUCAGCCAGUGCUGAAGGCUUUGAGUUCUCUGGGGUUUAGCGCUCCAACUCCCAUUCAGGCUUUAACUUUGCCUUCUGCCAUCCGGGAUAACAUGGAUAUUCUUGGUGCUGCAGAAACAGGAAGUGGCAAAACACUUGCAUUUGCAAUUCCUAUGAUUCACUCUGUACUGGAAUGGCAAAAAUCAAAUAGCUCAGCGAGCGUAAGUGACAGUGUUUCUAAAAAGCCCUAUCAGCAUCAUGAUGAAAUGAGAUGGGAAAAUGAUGAUGAAGCAGAGAAACCAAACCAUCAGCAGGUUGAAGACAGUGGAGAUGAAGAUGAUGCAUCUUUUGCAACAGGCUGUGUGAAGGUGCAGGAAAACACUGAAUAUGAUUCCAGCAACAAAGAACAUACAGUUGGCCUCCAUAAAAAGAUACCUCUUUUGGGACUGGUCCUUACUCCUACAAGAGAAUUAGCUGUGCAAGUGAAGCACCACAUUGAUGCAGUUGCAAAGUUUACAGGCAUUAAGACUGCUAUUCUAGUUGGAGGCAUGGCAGCACAGAAGCAAGAACGUGUACUGAAUCGCAAGCCAGAAAUUGUAAUAGCAACCCCAGGCCGUCUGUGGGAGCUAAUUAAAGAAAGACACCCACAUCUUUCAAAUCUUCGUCAGCUCAGGUGCCUUGUGAUUGAUGAGGCAGACCGAAUGGUUGAAAGAGGUCAUUUCUUGGAGCUGUCUCAGUUGCUAGAAGUCUUAAAUGAUUCACAGUAUAAUCCUAAACGACAGACUUUUGUUUUUUCUGCCACUCUGACAUUGGUCCAUCAGACUCCCGCAAGAAUUUUACAGAAAAAGAAUGCUAAAAAGAUAGACAAGAAGACCAAACUAGAAAUGUUAAUGGAAAAAGUAGGAAUAAAGGGCAAACCCAAAGUGAUAGACUUAACAAGGAAAGAGGCUACUGUUGAGACUCUGAUGGAGACCAGAAUCCAUUGCGAUACAAAUGAGAAGGACUAUUAUCUUUAUUACUUUCUUCUCCAGUAUCCAGGAAGAACUAUGGUCUUUGCAAACAGCAUAGACUGUAUAAAACGCCUCAGUUCUCUACUCACAAUCUUAAAUUGUGAUCCUUUUCCUUUGCAUGCCAACAUGCAUCAGAAGCAAAGACUGAAAAACUUAGAACGAUUUGCUGAUCGAGAGAGCUGUGUCCUCCUGACAACAGAUGUUGCUGCUCGUGGUCUUGAUAUUCCCAAUGUGCAACAUGUCAUCCACUACCAGGUCCCUCGUACUUCUGAGUUGUACGUACACAGAAGCGGUAGAACAGCUCGAGCUGCCAAUGAAGGCCUCAGCCUGUUGUUGAUUGGCCCUGAUGACUUGAUCAAUUUCAGGAAAAUAUAUAAAACCUUGCAGAAGAGUGAAGAGCUGCCACUUUUCCCAGUUGAGACAAAGUAUAUGACUGCUAUCAAGGAGCGGGUGAAUUUGGCACGGCAGAUUGAGAAGGCAGAAUUUUUCAACGGCCGAGCAAAGCAACACGACUCUUGGCUGCAGCAGGCUGCAGAGGCCCUUGAAGUUGAUCUUGAUGAUGACCUUCUUAUGGGAAAAAAAACUAGUGAGCAAGAAGAAAGCCAGAAGCAAAAGAUGCUGAAAGGAAUGAAAAAACAACUGAAACACAUGCUGUCCCAACCACUGUUUAAAGUCUUCAUGAAAACAAAGUACCCAACACAGUCAGGGAAGCUACUCCUGCCUCAGACUUCAGCUGGCAAUUCAGAAACUGCUCUGAGUAUCAUAUCAAAAAAACAAGCCAGGAGGAAGAAAUCAGUAAAAUCAAAUUAGACCAAGCAAGUUCACUUGUUGCAGUGGAAUCAAGAACUAUCCUUAUCAAGGCUGACAAGAUAUUCUGCUGGAAAACACAGUGUCGGAAUGGUGCUUUUUUCUUGGUAGUGCAGGCACAGCAAAACGUUUAUCUAAAAGGCACUGUUAGCAUGGAGUUAGUUACUCUUGAGUCUUGUCUUUGAUUUUAUUUUCUUAGGUUCUUUUUCUUACUUUCUAUACUAUUAGAACUUCGUUAGUUUUGGAAUAGUUCUGUUCAUCACUUCUCUUUAUAAGACACAUGAAAGUUACUGGAUAAAACUCACCGUGAACAGACUUGAUUUGGAUUUCAAUUUUCUUUUAAAGGAAAGGGACACAGACUCUGUACCGUUGACAGGACAGUCUGAGCUGCUGACAGUGCAGAUUUGACUUGUACUGCAGUUCAGUGAGAAAGGCAGCAAAUAUAGGUAGUGUUACCAACAAGCCUAUAGUUUCAGUAAUGGGAGUUUUUCCCAGUUUUCUUUCUCCACUGAUCUGAUUUCUCAACUCUGUUACACACUGUCUAAUUACUUUAGUACUUUGCUAAUAUGUUUCAGAAUGUGGAGCAAAAAUUCAAGGUGGCAGUGGUCCAGGACUGAUCUUGAGAGAUUUGCAAUCCAGCCAGAUUUCUGCAGAGUGAUUAUUGCUAUGAAACAUUCUAUUAAUUAGUAUCUGGGGUUGAGUCUGUGUUUGAAAGCAUGUUUGAAUCAUAACCUUUCUUUUAGUGGAAAUGAUGUGAAAUGUCACUUUUGAAGAGUGCAUUCUGAUAAUUGUAAAUCACUUAACCUGAUCAGGGCAAAUAACUUCUAAGAGUAUUUUUUAAGCUAUGUUAAAAAAAAAAAUGUAUUUUGAAUUUUUGUUAAAUUGUAUCUGCUAUAAAACCCAAAGCCUGUAUCUUCUUUCAA